CGCACGGUGUUCUUUUCCAUACGUAUGACAGCAUCGGGAGUGUCAUCCUGUGCGGCGAGAAAAAUCGGAUUUUUUAAGAAAGUAUGAUUUAAAGGAUACUACCAAUUGGCUAAAGGAAUUCAAAGAGAAAACAUGUCGCAGAUUCUACGUGGAAAAUUUGGAGUCAGGGCGAAGUCGCGCGUUGUGCGGCCUCUUCUGCUGGGUGUGAAGCGCUUGAAUUUCACGUCGCUUUCUGGCGGGAAUGGAUCACACCAUGGUCGUCCUACGUAUCAUCGAAGAAUUCUCCAACUCAAUCAGCAGCCCCAGUUGAUGGUUGGGGUUCCACUGCUGUCCGUGAGGGGCUACGGGAUGAUCAUCGCCAGGGUCAUCCGUGGUGCAUUGAAACUUCGAUAUUUAGUUUUAGGCGGGGCGAUUGGAGGCGGAAUGACACUUAAUAAAAAAUAUGAGGAGUGGAAAGAUGGACUCCCCGACAUGAAGUGGCUCGAGGAUCUCAUGCCGGACAAUGAGCAAUGGGUCGCCUUUUCAAAGAAUCUCGGGCAGAUGACGGCUUCAGUUGCUAAUGCAGUUCAAAUUGAUCCCCGUUUAAAACAGCUAGGCGAGGAAAAAAUGUCGGAGUGGCGAUCGUGGUUUGAUAGCAGAUUAGAUAAUGCAAUUGAAGCAGCUGAACAUCAGGACAACAAACAGAUUGACAGUUCUUUCCAAAAAUUGUCUGAAUUCGUUUCCGAUAUAUAUGGAGUUACUAAGGAAGAUAUCAAGAAUCGAAAUACAGUCAGUGCUAUCGGUUUGUCACCGGAUGAGGGGCGAAAGAAAUAUGAAACAUUACAAAGUCAAGUGGAAACUCUUCAAACGGAAAUCAUGAACGUUCAAAUCAAAUACCAACGCGAACUGGAGAAACUUGAAAAAGAAAAUCGUGAUCUCAGGCAACAAUACCUAAUUUUAAAAACAAAUCGCAAAACUUCAACCAGAAAAAUCAAAAAGUCCCUCAUCGACAUGUAUUCCGAAGUUUUAGAUGAACUGUCCGGCUAUGACAGUAGCUAUUCCACUGCUGACCAUCUUCCUCGUGUAGUUGUAGUUGGAGACCAGAGUAGCGGUAAAACCUCUGUUCUCGAAUCAAUUGCACAAGCACGUAUCUUCCCUCGGGGCAGUGGUGAAAUGAUGACGAGAGCUCCAGUGAAAGUGACACUUUCAGAAGGGCCAUAUCACGUUGCGCAAUUUAGGGAUUCUGACAGGGAGUAUGAUUUGACGAAAGAAGGAGAUUUGUCUGACCUUCGUCGCGAAGUGGAAUUAAGAAUGCGGGCAUCAGUUCGCGGCGGAAAGACAGUUAGUAAUGAGGUGAUCUCGAUGACAGUGAAGGGUCCUGGAUUGCAAAGGAUGGUUCUAAUCGAUUUGCCUGGAAUCAUUUCUACGAUGACCGUUGACAUGGCAGCAGAUACAAAGGAUUCUAUUCAUCAAAUGACGAGACAUUAUAUGAGCAAUCCGAAUGCUAUCAUAUUGUGCAUACAGGACGGUUCAGUGGACGCUGAACGUAGCAACGUUACUGACUUGGUAGCCCAAUGUGAUCCAUUAGGAAAGCGAACAAUAUUUGUCUUAACCAAAGUUGAUCUAGCUGAAGAGUUGGCUGAUCCUGAUAGGAUACGAAAAAUUCUGUCUGGAAAACUGUUUCCAAUGAAAGCACUUGGAUAUUACGCUGUAGUGACUGGGCGGGGUCGUAAAGAUGACAGCAUUGAUGCAAUUCGGGACUAUGAGGAACGAUUCUUCAAGAAUUCAAAACUAUUCCAUCGACGUGGUGUUAUAAUGCCGCAUCAAGUUACAACCAGGAAUCUUAGUUUGGCUGUAGCCGACAGAUUUUGGAAAAUGGUGCGAGAAACAAUUGAACAACAGGCGGACGCUUUCAAAGCCACUCGGUUCAAUUUAGAAACAGAGUGGAAAAAUAACUUCCCAAGGCUCCGUGAAUCAGGCCGAGAUGAAUUGUUCGAAAAAGCCAAAGGAGAAAUAUUAGAUGAAGUUGUUAAUCUAUCGCAAAUCUCAGCCAAGAAAUGGGAGGAAGUGUUGAACGCUAAACUCUGGGAGAAAGUCUCUAAUUACGUGUUUGAGAAUAUUUACCUGCCAGCCGCACAGUCAGGUUCUCAAAAUUCAUUUAAUACCAUGGUGGAUAUAAAACUGAGACAAUGGGCAGAGCAGGCUUUACCAGCUAAAUCCGUGGAAUCUGGUUGGGAAGGAUUACAGCAAGAAUUCACAGAUCUCAUUGAAAAGGCUAAAAAGUCACCAGAUCACGACGAUAUUUUCGAUAAUUUGAAGACGGCUGUGAUUGAUGAGGCUAUUCGAAGGCAUUCUUGGGAAGACAAAGCAGUCGAUAUGCUGCGGGUUAUACAACUUAAUACUCUGGAGGAUCGUAGCGUUCACGAUAAACAAGAGUGGGAUCAAGCUGUUCGAUUCUUCGAAGCAUCAGUGAAAGAAAAAAUGCAACACACCGAUGAAACCCUCGCAGAAAUGAUGGGACCAUCGGCAACCAGCAGAUGGAUACACUGGAAGAGCUUAACAGAAGAUCAAUGUAAACGGCGUAAUGUUAAAAGCGAAUUGGAGAAAAUAAUUGGUAGCGACAAUAAACAUCCUCCAACAUUAAGUUACGAUGAGCUUACCACUGUUCGAAAGAACUUGCAGCGAUCAAAUAUUGAAGUAGACACAGAUUACAUUCGGCAAACAUGGUUCCCUAUUUAUAGAAAACAUUUCCUGAAACAAGCAUUACAGCGGGCAUACGAUUGCCGUAAAGCCUAUUAUCUAUACAGCCAACAGGGCCCCGAGUGUGAGAUUAACUGCAGUGAUAUUGUCCUGUUUUGGAGGAUACAACAAGUCAUUAAAGUUACAGCGAACGCUUUGAGACAACAAGUCAUAAAUCGGGAAGCGCGACGUCUCGAUAAAGAAAUCAAAGAAGUUCUCGAUGAAUUCAGUGAAGAUGAGGAGAAGAAAACAAUAUUAUUAACUGGAAAGCGGGUUACGUUAGCAGAAGAAUUAAUUCGUGUCCGCCAGAUCCAAGAAAAGUUAGAGGAAUUCAUCAACGCUCUUAAUCAAGAAAAGUAAAACGAGAAAGAUUCAAUCGCGAUAGUGGUCAACAGCGCUCCAAGUCUUGAAAAGUGUCAACUGUUUUACUGCUUCUUAAGGAAAACAGCAACUUAUUGGUCAAGCAAUUUUUAUUUAGAUAGCUUCUAAUGUCGAUUCGUUUCAAACCAUAUAUUUUGUUCUUUUGAAUUUAAGAGAAAGUCACUACUAUUUAUGAUGUAGGUAUUACUUUUAAUAUUAUGAUCUUCUGUUCAUUCACUUUACAUCAUUCAUUGUACAUAAGUCUUCGAUGAUCUUUGAAUACAAAACUUAGUUCAUUAUGAUGAUUUGGAAUAAAUUAGAGAAUCCAUUGAAAACAA